CGGGUGUCACAGAGACGCGAAAACUCCCCGGAGCCGCAGUCGCCGCGGGGCGGCCUGGGAAAGUCAGCAGCGCAGUGGGGGAACCGAAGCCCAGCGGCCCUGGAACCUCCCAGUGGUGUGACUGGACUUCUCCCAGGAGGAGGGUAAUACCUGGACCCUGCUCAAGGUCUUUGUACAGAGACUGGAUGUUGCAGAGUUACAGCAAUCUGAUUUUUGUGGGACUCAUUGAUCACUCAGACCUGCUCACCUGUGGAGCAGAACAAAGAGGCCUGAAAGGUGAAGAAGAAGGAGAGAGUAGCUAAGGAUCCAGGGCAGCAAGCCGUCUAUUCCUUGUUCCUGAAAGAAAAACUCAACAGAAAGAAAUGGCUGAUUCUCCAGUAUGCAUGUCCCAGGGUCUGUUGACUUUCAGGGAUGUGACUGUGGACUUCCCUCAGGAGGAGUGGGAAUGCCUGGACUCUGCUCAGAGGGCUUUGUACAUUGAUGUGAUGUUAGAGAAUUAUAGCAACCUGGUCUCUGUGGAGAACUAUUACAUAUGUGAUCCUGCCCAUCAACAUGUGAAGACUGAAAAGGAGUCUUUUGAGUGUAAUGACCUUGGCAAAGUGCUUCAUGACCCCUCCACAAGUGCAUUUUAUAAAACAAGUGAAACCACAGAAAACUCCAAUAACUGCACUUGCAAUAACCCCAGGGAUUCUUCUAUUGACUCAUCAAACCUAGAUAGACAUGAAAGCAUCCACACUGGAGAAGAACCUUACAAAUCUAAAGACUGUGAGAAAUCUCAAAAUUUGUGUUCCAGCAUUACUCAAGAUCAGAGACUCUACACUGCAAGCAAAGAACACAAGCAAGGAGAAUACAUUGACUAUUUCAGCUCUACAUGCAGUCUUUUGCAACAACCAAUCUACAUUGGAGAGACACCAUACCAGUGUGAGAAAUGUGGAAAAUCCUUCAGAACCGCCUCACACCUCUCUGUACAUCAGAGAAUACAUACUGGAAAGAAACCCUACAAGUGCAACAAUUGUGACAAAUCCUAUAACCAGUGGGCAAAUCUUAAAACACAUCAAAGACUUCAUACUGGGGAGAAACUUUGCAAAUGCAAAGAAUGUGGAAAGUCAUUUCCUCAGUUCUCAGCACUUAAAAGCCAUCAGAAAACGCAUACAGGAGAGAAGCCUUAUAAAUGUAUGGAAUGUGACAAAUCCUUUGCCCAUUGUUCCAGUUUCAGGAGACAUCAGAAAAUCCAUACUGAUGAGGAACAUUGCAGUUGUCAAGAAUGUGGCAAGGUCUUUCAUCAGCUAUCACAUCUUAAAAGCCAUUACAGACUCCAUAGUGGAGAGAAGCCUUACAAAUGCAAUGAGUGUGACAGAUCCUUUCCCCACUAUUCAUCACUUAGAUGGCAUCAGAAAACUCAUUCUCUAGAGACAUUUUACAAAUGCAAAGAAUGUGGUAAGUCCUUUCUUGAAAUAUCACAUCUUAACAGACAUUACAGAAUCCAUACUGGUGAGAAGCCUUAUAAAUGUGAGGUAUGUGACAAAUCCUUUACUGUGAAUUCAACUCUUAGAACACAUCAGAAAAUUCAUACUGGAGAAAAAUCUUACAAAUGUAUGGAAUGUGACAAAUCCUUUACCCGGGACUCACAUCUUAGAAGACAUCAGAGUGUUCAUACUGGAGAGCGACCUUACAGUUGUAAAGAAUGUGACAAAUCUUUUACUACAUGCACAUAUCUUAGAGAACAUCAGAAAAUUCAUACUGGAGAAAAACCUUACAAAUGUGGAGAAUGUGACAUGUCCUUUAUCCAACGUUCAAAUCUUAGAACACAUCAGAGAGUACAUACUGGAGAGAAACCUUACAGAUGUAAGGAAUGUGGCAAAUAUUUAACUACACGGUCAACUCUUAGAGAACAUCAGAAAAUUCAUACUGGAGAGAAACUUUACAAAUGUAUGGAAUGUGAUAAAUUCUUUACCCAUAACUCACAGCUUAGAACACAUCAGAGAGUUCAUACUGGAGAGAGACCUUAUAGUUGUAAGGAAUGUGACAAAUCUUUUACCACGUGCUCAUAUCUUAGAGCACAUCAGAAAAUUCAUACCGGAGAGAAUAUCUACAAAUGCAAAGACUGUGACAUGUCCUUUCUCCAAAAUUUUAGUCUUAAAAUACAUCAAAAAAUUCAUACUGGAGAGAAACGUUAUAAAUGCAAAGAAUGUGACAUAUUUUUUAAUCAGAUUUCAGAUCUUAGAACACAUCAGAAGCUUCAUGCUGGAGAGAGACCUUACAAAUGUCUGGAAUGUGACAAAACCUUUACCUACAUGUCUAAUCUUAGAACACAUCAGAUAGUUCACACUGGAGAGAGACAUUACAGAUGUAAGGAAUGUAACAAAUCUUUUACUGGUUGCUCAUAUCUUAGAGCACAUCAGAAAAUUCAUACUGGGGAGAAACUUCACAAGUGCAAAGACUGUGGCAUAACCUAUACCCACCUUUCAAAUCUUAGAAGACAUCAGAGAAUUCAUACUGGAGAGGAAAAUACUGUUGUAAAUCAUGUGACAUAGCUUUUAUAUGGUAUUGUUUACUUACAAAUCUGAAGAAUAUACAUUAUAAAAACAAAGACAAGAAAUUUGUGAAAGCCUUUAAUGAAGUCUUAAAUCUUAUAAAAUAUCACAAAUAAAAUUCUGCAAUAGUAA